AGAUUAUUCUUCAAAUUAUCGGCUUCUUCUCCGGCGAGAGUCACGAUUCUCCGGCUGCUGCAAAACUCUAAACUCUCCAUAUUUUCCGGCAGAUAAAAUCAAACUUAGAUGGUAGGGCUAUCUGUUGGAGAAAAGAACUUUAUUAAGGGUGGUAUUGCCCAGGAUCUACGCAAUGAUGGUAGAAAACGGCUAACUUAUCGACCAAUUUAUGUGGAAACAGGUGUUAUUCCUCAGGCAAAUGGAUCUGCAAAAGUCAAGUUGGGUGCAACUGAUGUUAUUGCCAGUGUCAAGGCGGAACUUGGAAAACCAAGUUUAUCUCAUCCUGACCAUGGAAAGGUUUUUAUUUACGUAGAGUGCAGUCCCACAGCAGAGCCAUCAUUUGAGGGCAGAGGAGGUGAGGAAUUGUCCACAGAGCUCUCGACAGCACUUGAGCGGAGUCUCUUGGGUGGUAAAAGUGGAGCAGGGGCUGGAAUUGAUCCGGCGUCUCUCUUGAUCAAAGAAGGAAAGGUAUGCUGGGAUCUGUAUGUCGAUUGCCUUGUCAUUAGCUCGGAUGGAAAUCUGCUGGACGCUCUAGGUGCUGCAAUCAAGGCAGCACUGAGCAAUACUGGUAUUCCGAGAGUUCAGUUUCGUGAAGCUGCUUCAUCAGAUGAGCACGCAGAUGUGGAUGUUAGUGAUGAAGAAUUUCUGCAAUUCGACACCAGUGGAGUACCUGUCAUAGUUACUUUGACAAAGGUCGGAAGGCACUACAUUGUCGAUGCAACUUCAGAGGAGGAAUCCCUAAUGAGCUCAGCUGUUUCUAUUUCUGUUAAUAGACAUGGACUAAUAUGUGGAUUGACUAAACGAGGAGGUGCAGGGUUGGACCCUAGCGUCAUACUUGACAUGAUAUCUGUUGCGAAACAUGUAAGUGAGCAGCUAAUAAACAAACUUGAUUCGGAGAUAGAAGCCGCGGAAAGAGCAAAUGAAGAGGAACCAUGACAUAGCUCAAGAAUUACCUAUAUAUUGUUGUUCAUGUUAUCAUUUGUAAGAGUUAGACUUUUAGGACCCUUCAGAGAGUACAUGAAGUUUUUCAAUUUAGUUUUGAAGCAAUUUGGAGUCUAUUGUUUUGUUGAUCAAUCGUCGAUGCUUAUAUACUGUUUCAUUUAUUAAAUGAUCUGGUGUAUACUGUUUUGAUUGAAAAUGAUCUUCAAGAUCUUUAUAAAGUAGGGAUAAGGUCUACGUAACA